AGGAAAAAAAUAGCAUAAAAUUAUAACAGUAAAUAGAAGUUUGUUGAAAAUUAGCUUUUGUUAAAAGAAAAUUUGUUUUCAUAAGUAUUAAAAUAUAAUGGGCUUACAAAAGGUGUAGCGGCAGUAGUUGUUGAAGUGCGAGUUGGGUGAGCAGCGAGUGGACAGGCCCACUUUUAUGCUGUUUUGUGCCUGGAAUUAUUAUUGAAACCCGUUGACUCUGAGGCAGAGGAGGGAAAAUGAGUAGCAGUGUGGUAGGAGGAGGCAGCGAGUAAGACAAGUGAAGAAGAGGCGGGGAGUAGGGCCUCAGAUGUAAAUGGAGGGUGUGUGGAGGAAGAGGUUCCAUUGGGCACACACCAUCUGUGAUUGAUUCAGCAAGUGCUUCACAAAGUGCUGGAUUCUUGGCCUCUGAGGGAGUGUGGGUCAGCUCUUGUAGUCAUUGUGUGCAUUUGUGAAACAAUGGAUAUAACAGAGGCCAGGCCCGUGCUCGCCUCAAAUACGUUGUGAUUGGUCAACUGGACAUCCUGCAGAGCCUUGUCUGAGGCGUCGGGAUGGUGUGUUGGCGGUGUGAAGCGAGACAGUGCAGCAGCAGCGGCAGCAGCAGCAGCACGAGCACCAAGGUGUUGGCCAGAUGAGCAGCACCGCGGCCGAAUCCCCCCCAGGAAGUCACCCUGGGGGGCAGGCUGGGGACUCUACCACCGCCCCCCAAACAUCGGCCUGUUCCUCUUACCAUAUCCCUCAAACACAACACAGUGAUGGGGACGAUGCAGGUGGAGACGAAAGCUGUGGGAGGCCAAACCCACGGCCACCCGUUCCAGGUGGGGAAGAUGUGCCGCGGACUCAUCACUACCAUCACCCACAGUUCGGGGAGUCGGGAAAGGACCCCCCAGGAGACUGGGGAAAACCUUCCCAUUGCCUCUUGCCUUAUGCCUCACAUCACCCCUACUCACAUUUUCAAGGUGAGGGGGCAGGUGAUGGUCCAGCAGUAAGCACAGGGUCAGUGGAGGCGGGGUCUCCCUGCUGUGGCGGUGGCGAGGGUGGCUCAACUCCUCCUGCCAUUCGUUGGUCACAGUCUCUUCUCCACCUGCUGGAGGAUCCCAUUGGAGUGCACCUUUUCCAAGAUUACCUCAAGGAGGAGUGUGGCACAUGUGAGUCGCUCAACUUCUGGUUCGCCUGCAACGGCCUCAGAAAGUCUGAUCAUCAGGACUCGUCGCAGCUAGUGCCCAUCAUCUGGAAGCGUUUCAUCAGGAACUAUGCCGUGCGGGUCACGGAGAAGACGUACAAACUGGUCAAUGAUCGCAUUAAUGCGCGGAGCAUUGAUCGCAAUAUAUUUGAUGCUGCACAGAGAGAGGUUGAGGAGGAGAUAGAACGCAGUACAUACCCGAGCUUCCUAAAGAGUGAAAGCUACCUGAAUUACUUGACAGCUGCCACUCAGCAUACUGGUGGCAUUGGUGCAGACUCUCCACACACCCUGUCUCCAGGUAGUCCUGGGGCAAUCAGCAGCGGAGGAGUGCUGCCCACAUUACAUGAAGACUGUGAGUACGAGGGCAGUGCAGCAGGCACGCAGCUGCGCCUCACACAGGUAGCUCUUGCAGCCACCGUGAAACAGCGUGCUAGUGCUGAAAGAAGAAAACCUGAAGCUUUUGCUGGGCAAUAUUUGCAUGGCAAGAGCAGCUGUGUUGGAGGGGGUGUGAACCCCUACCAUGCAAUUUACUCCUCGGCGCAUGUGUCCAGCAGACAGGACUCAGAAUUGCAGAGUCUGAGUUCUGGCGCUCCCACCGACGACACCCUCUCCCGCACUGAUUCCUCUGUUGAUGGAAUGUCUGUUGGUCGCCCCAUCAACCAUAAAUAUCUUAAGAGACAAUACUACAAGAUGCGAGAGAAUGCGCGUCAAAACAGAGAGCUCUGUUUCAGUGCUGCUGGAGUGAGUGGCAUUUUGGGCAGUCAGGGAGGUGCUGAUAUCAUACAUGGUGGUAUGCCAUUCAUGCCUCGCACUCACUGCCCCAGAAAUGAAGCCACAGCCAGCAUGAAGCCUGGGGAGUUUGCUGCAAUACUAAUAGAGCGGCUGGAAAAAGUAAAGAGAGAGAGAGAAUCGCAGGAGAAGGUUCAACAAUCAUUUAAAAAGAUCCAAGAGGGGGACAACGUGUCUGACGAGUGCCGGAGAGAACAUGCCUUCAACAGUCUUCCUCCGUCACUUCUCUUGGAUAAGCUGACCCAGAAGAUCCCUCUUGAUGAUGCAGAUCCCUGUCAGUCCAUACUAGAUGAGCACGUGUCACGAGUUUGGCAAGACAGCAAUAAUGACACUCCAGCUCGUUCUCCGGGUUCUCCACGUCCCAGAUCACCCUCUGGUAGAAGAGGAAGCUCAAUGCAGUCUACUAGACAUCUUGCUGCCUCAAAGGCCAGUGUUACAGUCGGGGGCACUCAUCCGUCCAUGUAUGUUUCCGGUAACUACCUGCCGUCGGCGCAGGUGGUGCACCCGGUUCAUCUGCCUUCUGGCCACCCGGCCCUCCUUCCUCCUGGCAACCCUGACCAUCUGCUACCUGGCCACCCGGCUCACCUUCCCCCUGGCCCAGUCCACCUCCAGCCUGGUCACAUGAUUCAUCCAUACACCAACAAAAACUUGCACCAUGCACGUCGCAGAGAUCGCGAUGUGUACUCCACGUUCUCAUCAGACUCGGGCAAUGUAGCUGACUAUUACGAGAGCAGCGAAAGAGCCGGGCUUCAUCCUUUGCCUAAGUCUCGCUCUAUGCCAGAUUAUAUGGAGAACUAUACUGGUACCAGUAGUGAUGGUGGUAGUUUUGGGCGGCGACAACCAAGCGGGAGGCGGAGUAACUCACGGCGUGCCCCGGCAGACCUGACAGACUCGGGGGUGUCUGUGGUGUCGGACUCUGGACCCUCGCUCACCCCAUUUGCAUCAUCGACUGAAAGAGUAACAUCGUGGCUGCUGGAGAGUGAUAAGUUUUGUGGGAGUGUGAGCUCAUCUAGUGUUUACCCAGAGACCGAGUGGGACCCGUGGCUGCCAGGAAACCGCUCCACACACACGGCUGCGGGGGCCACCUCUCCCGGAACUCUGAGACGCAGUAGUAGCAGUGGAGGUCGGAGGAGUGCGAGUGGUAUUAGUAUAGGUGGAACGGGUACCAGUGGGAGCAACACGAGCGUGGGUGGCAGCAUCGGUGGCAGUGGAAGCCUAGCUGGUGGGCGUUCUGGGUCACUAGAGAGGGGAGGAAGUACGUGGAUAGGGUCGUCGGGCAUGGAGCAACGCGAUGUCUCGGGCCACAUAGUGCACGUCUCCCACCCAGGUCACCCUGCACACGUGUCUCAGGCAUUGCACCAGUCCCAUCCUCAGCAUCCAGAUGACACUAAGAGGAGGAGCAGGGGUGGUGGAAGUCACGGCUCCAGCAGGUCGGCAGGUCACAGCUCGAGUCAUAGCUCUGGUCACAGCCGAGGGCACUCGGAUGGUGGUAGUGGACGAGGCCCCUGCCAUGCGGAUUCAGUCUCUGUCUCAGUUCCUGGUGGUUCCGGCUCAAAUGGUUCUACACUAAGGAGACAAAGACCUUCCAGACACUCACAGCCUACACCUCCAGGGGUGCUAUGUGAGAGUGGCGGCAGCAGUAGUGGUGGCAGUGGUGGAGGCAGCUACGGUGGUGGAGGAGGGAUGGCUGCUGGUGGAGUUUCAGUUCCCAGUGGUGCAGCAGGCAGCGGUUCCUCAGUUACAAGUGUAGCGGAGAGCACUACUAUUGUAUAUAACUUUCAUGACGAUGCUGUGCCAUUUGUCACACGGGUUCCCACUCGCCCAGUUACAUUGAAACGCUUCAAGCAGCAUCUCCCUAAGAAAGGAAACUACAGAUUCUUCUUCAAGAAGCAAUGCGAAGAGUUCGGAGUGAUCCAGGAGGAGAUCACUGAUGACUCGGAGAUCCUCCCACUUUUUGAUGGCAAGAUAUUUGCACAGAUCAGGAAGGCAGACUAAGAAAUAUGUAUGUAAAUAAGUGUCUUGAUAUACUGAGAAGACUAUAGUGCAUGUGCAAUUGGUCAUGAAGUGGUUUACUUAGCAGAGGAUUUCUUUUGUGGCAGCAUUGGUGCCUCGUGUGCCUGUGAAUUGAGAUUCCUUUGCUUAACUCUUGGUAAUGAAAAGUGAGAUGGAGGUGAAGCACGAAGGACAUUUUUUGGCAUUGAUAUCCCCGGGGAAGUGAAAAGUGGCAUAGUAUAAUGGAUAUGAAGAGAGUCCACCGGGGAGAUUUGCCGGACCACAGGAAUUCGCGCCGUAAGGUCCGGUGGUGAUGGAGCCUUGGAGCAGAUAGGCUUAAUUUCUUACCUCAAUUUAGAAAUAAAGUGAGAGAGAUGUAUAAUGUGUGAAGGUGUGGCCAGGAGCAGUGUGAGAUAUUUGCAGAGUCUCUGUGCAGGCAGAUGCUCGUUGUCGUUGUCAGUACUUGCUACCAUGCCUAUGGUCUCUUGACUCGAGCUACCAGUACACAUUUGCUCACAGUCCACUAAUGCAUUCUUGUUAAAUAACACGCUAUACCGCUAUUCACAAAAUAAUGCCAAAACAUUAGUGACUGUGGCAAUGUCAAGUAGACAUAUUGGCAAGAAAUGCAUCAUUUUACUACUUGGCAAUUUUCAGAAGAUGGUUUAAGUUUUAUGUGAUAAGUGCAUUGUAUUUGUUAAAUUUAAUUUUGUCUCUUGUUAGUUUGGUAAAUAUAUCUUUAUUAUUGAGUGUAAGGUGAGUUUCUUGAAUGAUUGAGAUCUAAACUUGAUUAAUUGAUCCAUUUAUGAAAUCCAUUUUCACUGUUAAUAAUUGGAAGAAUUUAUUGAAUGCAUUGAGUUGUAUUUAAUUCACUUUGGAUGUAGGAAGAACACAAGUUGUGACCAUGUUUGAGCUUCAGAAGAAUGUAGCCGUUUCCUCGCCCCCUCCCCCUCCCCACCCACUUCCCGAUGACAUGCCGAGUUCAGAAAUGUAGAACAUUUUCUAAGGGUCUUUUAGUUAUGCAAAAUAAUUAAAUGUUUGCAAUAAGACUUAAAAUUGAAUAAAGGCAAUAUUCAGGGAUUCGGAUUACUUUUUGCCAAGCUGAGUUUAAUGAGAAAUUUGCAUUGUACAUAUUGUAACAAGCCAGUGUCACACUAGUCAAGAAGCUGCUGGUAGCAAGAACCUACGAAAGUGGGUACAGGUUGCCAACGUGUGCAGGUGACUUAACACGACCACGAGGGUUGCGCUAGCCCGGACCUGCGAUAUGCUCACACCAAGCCUUUAUUGGCAACUCUUUUUAUCUUUGGUGCUACUAGUGUAGAGGCUGCGAGGGUUGUAUAGUGCCACACAGCAGCUCACGCACACACACACACACACAGACACACACACACACACACGGCACUUGACAUGCUCAGUAGCUGACACACAAACCAUCAUAUACACUGCAGUUUACUCUCAUUGGUUAACAGAGAGCAGUAAACGACUCGAGCAGUAUUCACAUAGUUUACAGCAGUAUACAUAACAGCUUACAGAGAGUAAUAUACACCCCCACAGCUUCUACUCACCAUCCACUUAUAAUGGGAGUAUAAUUAAUCAUAUCCAAUGUUAUGUGCUAAUUGAACCUCAGCCAUGUGGGGCUUGUAUUGAAUAUUUUUUUUUUUUUUUUAAUAGCUGUACUGUACAUGAAUUUGUUGAGUAUGUACAAAGUGUGGUGUGUGGCAGGUGACGCUGAAGUUGACGAGGCACAGAUAGUGUAACCACCUGGUGUGAUUGGUGCCUCUUCACAUAUACUUAUUGUUAAGUUUAUUCUUUUUGACCCAUUUUGUUGAUGUCUCAGGUAUGUCUUCUCUUUUUCUAGAAUAUUUACUAUAAUGUUAAUACGUUCAAUGUAAAUUAAUUUGAUGUUGUCUAAAGUAUUUGUUUUCGAUGAAGUACUGUCUGCAAGGUCCAGGGUAUUUGUUGCUCUAAAAUUCUUCUUCCUCAUCUUCAUAUUGCCAUAAAGAGAAAAAAAAAUAGAAUAAAGUGCUUAACCUAUUGGAAAUCUUGGCAGGAAAGUGUAUCCUAGUUUUUAGCUUGCACCAGUCCCGUGUCUGAGGCACAUGUCCCCGAUCAAGGUUAAGUCUUGUUUCAAUAGCUUGUAUGGACUUGCCUGGAGUCAGACAUUAUGUUCCGGAUUAAAACACUUAUAUGAAGUUUCUGGCCAAAGAUCUAAAUUUAUGUCUCAGACUGAGGUUGGCUGUCUGAGUUAGGAUGUUUUUCUGGCCAUUGGUAGUUGUCAAAUAUCUAGACAUUAAUUUAGGGAAAGCCUGGGCAUGUAAUGUGGAGUUGCCAGUUGGUAGAAACGCCAUAGUUUGAGAAGUGAUAUUGUGGAUGUUAAUAUUGAACACACACAUGGCUUGCUUGUUUGUCUUGGAGUCUGUAUGGAGUUGAACUUCUGUAUAUUAUAAGCAACUCUUCCACAUACUUUAAAUGAUUUUAAAUUGCCAUUUCAGGGAUGAAACAUUUAUUUAUAGGCUCUUGCAUUUUCUACUGUUAAUGGUUACAUAGAACGUUUUAACUCCUUUAUCAAUUCUUGACUAACUCUUUAACUUGACAUUUGCUCUAGUCAUAGUAGAUAACUGGUUAAUGAAUUUGCACAUUGUAGGCGACAGUUCUAUAGAUACAAUUAAUCUUGUCAUUGAUGUGUGCACAUCCAUGUAUGACUCUGGCAAUAAAUUGUGCCUCGCUUCACAGGUAACUCCACAAACAUCAUUCAGUGAACCAAGUGUUAGUGUCUUGUUUAGUUGAUGAUUGCUACUACUUACACAACUCAACAUCAACAUAGAUGGCAUAAUGCUAAUGUUGACACUGGGGACUAGUGUGGCAGAGCUUUACCUAGUAUUUCUCGUGAUUCACCCGGGUCUAAGCCUACACAACUUAUUUUCCCACUGUUCAGUAAGCAUAAUUUAGUUUUUUAAAUAUUUCAUAUUUAUUGUUGUUACAUUGAAUAUAUAUAUUUGUUUUUGUUUAAAAAAUGACAAGCAUACAUCAUAUGUAGAUGCAUUGUGUAAGUGGUGGAAGUAGUGAGCCAUGAAAGACACUUCACUUAACAAGUCAAGUGCCCACCCUGGCAGACAGUCUUCUCAACUUCAAUUUUGGAGCUGCCAUAUUCUUUUAAGAGGAGGCUUCUUACAUUGGAAAGGAGUCUCCUCACCUUGUGAAGGUUGACUCUUAACAGAAAGAGCUUUCACGAAGGCAGGAUCUUUUUUUUUUCUUUUCUUUUUUUGUGCAAAUAGCUACAGCUGUAUGGCUAAUGGCAUUAAUCUCACAGUGAAAGAUAUGCCUACUCUGUACAUAUGAUUUUUUAAAUAAACUCCUUUUGUAA